ACUAAAUUUAUAUGAUAACAAGCUCUUCGUUCUAAUUCAAUAAGGUCACAGGUUUUGUUAUCUUUCUUAAAUUUUAAAUCUGAAUUUGCCCCAAUCUGAUGCGAGCGCCUUGAUCCUUACACGUUACAAUGCCCCUUAAUUAUUGAUUCAAAAUUAAAUGAACAAUUUUUUUAAAUUUAAAAAAAAAAAAACUAAAAUUAGUUCUUAUCUUUUCAGGUAGCUAAGCGUCAUUUGGAUUUUGUUCAAAAAUAUAAAUGUUGCAAAUGUUUUUAAAAUCACGCAGCAGGUGACUGUUGACCAAAAAACAAAUACAUCAUGGGCGUCGGAUCAGAACAUUGUCUAACUACAGCAUCUGAUCUGGUGAGAACGUUUCUGAUCUACCAACCUUUAAGAGAGUGAGUUCAAUACUCACGCGAGUAGAAUUUCCCCAACAUAUGUCCCCACCACGAAAUCUAGCGCCAAAAUUUCGCGCUACUUCUAAAAUUUUGAAUUUCAUGCGAAUAUAUUCGAAAAUUCAAAGCUACAAACGUUAGAAACCAAUCUCUUUCUCUCUCUAUCUCUCUCCAAUUCUGGAACAUGCAAAUAGCGAACGAACAACAGAGCUGAAGCAAAAUUCCCAAAAUCAGCAAGAGAUCGUGUUUGAAUUCAUGCUAAUUCCAGGUUUUGAUCUGUAAUCUUCAAUGGGUAUUAAGUAACUUUCAUUUCUUUAAUGAACCACGUUGUAUUUCCAGAAAGAAGUUCAAUUUUUCUGAAAAUCUGCUUAGCCAAUUGAGUAAUUAUGGUGAGAGAGCAAAGCAUUGCGUCAUUCUAUGCUCGAUUGCGCGAAUCUGCUUUGGCUUCAGCUUUCUCCACUCCAUUGCUGAUAUUCCCAUCGACUUCUGAUGUCGAUUCGCUUUGCGCUUUGAAGAUCGUAGGCCAUGUUCUUGAAUCCGAUUCGGUUAGGUAUGCGUGUUAUCCUGUUUCAUCCUUCAAGGAAAUUCACAAGUACGCAGGGCCCAAUUUGUGUUCUUCUGCCGAUGAGACCGUCACAAUUCUUCUGAUAAAUUGGGGUUGCCACCGAGAUCUUCGAAAGAUUCUGAAUAUAGGCCCUUCUUCCCGUGUUUUCGUGGUGGACAGUCACCGUCCCAUUCAUUUGCAUAAUCUCAGUGAUCAGAAUGAUCGUGUGGUGGUGCUUUAUACACAGGAUGACGAGCACCAGACUGAUUUGGCCUAUGAUUUUGAUGUUUCUGCCUUGGCGGGUGCAAGUGAUUUGAACAGUGAUGAUGAGGUUGAAGAUGAUUCUGACAGUGAAGAUGAGAAUGAUAGCGAAAUUGAGGAGGAAGAUGGUGGUGAGACUCGAAAGAAGAGGAGGGUUUCGGAUGAAAGUGAGACUGAUCCAGUUAAGCUUUUCAGGAAGCUGAAGAGAGAGUACUAUCAUAUGGGUACUUUCCAUGGGAAGCCCUCCGGGUGUUUGAUGUAUGAUCUGUCUCAUUCUCUGAGGAAGAACACGAAUGACUUGCUCUGGUUGGCAUGUGUGGCUUUAACUGAUCAGUUUGUUCAUGAGAGAUUAACAAAUGAGAGAUACCAAGCUGGGGUAAUGGAGCUGGAGCAGCACAUUAAUAGCUCAGGGAAUUUGGAUGCUGUUACUUCGGUGACCCUCAAGGAUGGAACAAAGGUUUUGGCACCUGAUUCAUCAAGAAUUGCAUAUGAAGAUGAGCCAAAGCUAAUGCUGCUACAAGAGUGGAACUUGUUUGAUUCAAUGCUGUGCUCAUCUUACAUUGCGACUAAAUUGAAGACUUGGAGUGACAACGGCAUGAAAAAGCUGAUGCUUCUUCUUGCUAGAAUGGGAUUUUCACUGGAUGAGUGCAAGCAAAAGUUCCAAUAUAUGAGCGUUGAGAUCAAAAGGAAAAUGAAGGAGGAGUUUGAACUUUUCUUACCUGAGUAUGGGCUCACGGAUUUCUACUAUAGAGGUUUCUUGCUGCUACAUGGUUAUAGUUCAAAAGUUUCUGCAGCAGAUGUUGUUUAUGGAGUUACUGCAUUGCUAGAGUCGUUUGUAGAAGCAGAUGGCUCUUGUGCUUCCAAGCAGUUUGGGGUGGCCUAUGAUGCAUUGUCCUUGAGCAAGCUUGAAAAGCUGGAACAUGGGAUGCAACAUGCUAUCAAGAUCCAAAGGGCGAUUCUUAGACAAGGAAGUGCUGCAAUAACUAAGAAGGGAUCUAUACGAAGUGGAAGUAAAUUCAGGUGGGUGAAGCUUGAAGAUUCAGCGGAUACAAAGCUGUUGGGUUACCCCCAGGCUUUAACUAAAUUCGGUUAUUUCCUGAUGGAUGCUUUGAGGGAGAAGGGAGCAAAAAUGAAGCCUUUGAUCUGCAUUUGCUAUUCUCAAGAUCGAAACAGCGUAUUGAUUGUUGGAGUUUGUGGGAAACCACGGCUUGGUGCAGUUCAAGGAAAUGCAUUUGGAAUUGCUUUCAGAAAUGCAGCUGAGGAGAUAGGGGCUGAGUUCUUUCACGAGCUAUUUGAAUCAUCAUGGAUAGUUUUGGAUGCGGUUGCUGUAAAUUCGUUCAUGAUCAGGUUAACAGAGAAGUUGUGGUGAAGAAUGUUAUAUUCAAAAGUCGUCCAACUGUCUCUUUGUCUUUUAACUUCAAUUAUCUGUUUUUAAGAUCUGUUGGUUACUUCAAACAAGCAUCUGUUUUUCAUUAUCACGACUAAAAUAAUUCGUAAAUAAGAACCCAUAAUUGAUCUGUUUAAAUAAAGAUGAUUGGUUUCUUA